UGGAACGCGGAGCAACCAAUGGGCAGAGGCAGGCUCGAUUGCGGCCCGGUGGCAGAGGGUCUGGCUUAGCUUUGGGUUCCGCGCGCUGUACGGAUGCGGCGCUUUCUCGCGGCUGCGAUAAGUAUUACCCUGUCGACUGAGAUGCCGAUCUCGUAUUCUGUCCUUAAAGCAAUAAAGAUGUGGCGAAGGCCAUGGGGUGAGGCCGCUGCCACCACACUUACUCCUGCGACUUCCUGGGGACAGGCCGAGUAAUGGCGCUCUAGAAACCUCCCCGUACGGUCCCAACAGAGCAGAAAAGGCUCUGCCUCCCGGGAUCCAGAGGGUCAGUUCCCUUGCCGCAUCCCCAUUUUGCAACUGCUAAUAUAAAAAUUGAUAUAGAUCUCAUCUAAAAUGUUACCUUCUUAGAGAAGACUUUCCUGACUACUUUAACUCAAGUUAAUCUGGGGAAGAGAAUAGAAGCAACCAAGGAGGAUACUGCUGAACCAAUUAGGAGGCUAUUGCAAGAGAUCCCAGAAAGAGAUGAUGAUAAUGUGGACUUGGGAAAUGGCAGAAGAGAUGCAGGAAGGUGUCCGGAUUUCAGAGGUCCACAAUCUCUACUCUGCAAUUACAAAAUAAGAAAAAAAAACAAAAACAAAAAACCACUGAAACCCAAAAGUAUUUUUAAGUUUGACACCGGGACUAUUUAGCAACAAAUCCUACUGUGAACAAAACAUGAAGCCUCUCUUGCCUGAGCAUUUAUAUCCAUCAGUCACAGAUGCCUCUGCUAUUUGCUGACAUUUUAUGACUUAGGGAUUAAUUAAUUGCACUAGAAAAUGUCAAAAAGAGUUAAAGAUAUACCUGUGGAUAACAGUGAAAAGAAGAAAAGGAAGCAUCUGUCUUUAUCAAUAGCUCAGAAAGUGGAGUUACUGCAGAAGCUUGAUGGUGGUGUGUCUGUUAAGUGUCUUACUGAAGAAUAUGGUGUGGGAACCACCACCAUAUAUGACUUAAAGAAACAGAAAGACAAGUUGUUGAAAUUUUACAGUGACAGUGAUAACCAAGAACUCAUGAAAAAUAGGAAAACAUUGCAUAGGGCCAAAAAUGAAGAUCUUGACCGUGUAUUAAUUGAGUGGAUUAGGCAACAAAGAAGUAAAGACAUGCCACUGACUGGUUUGUUGGUCAUGAAACAAGCUAGAAUAUACCACGAAGAACUGAAUAUUGAAGGCGAGUGUGAAUAUUCAGAAGGCUGGCUACAGAAAUUUAAAAAACGUCAUGGUAUCAAGUAUCUUAAAAUCUGUGGUGAAAAAGCUUCUGCUAAUCAUGAACUUCCUGAAAAUUACAUUGAUGAAUUUGCUAAGAUAAUAUCUGAUGAAAAUCUUAGCCCUGAACAAAUUUACAAUGCUGAUGAAACAGCUCUGUACUGGUGCUACCUUCCUAGAAAAACCUUAACAAUGGGUGAUGAAAGAGCAGCAAUAGAUUUCAAGGAUGCCAAGCAAAGGUUAACUAUUCUUGGGUGUGCUAAUGCUGCAGGCACACACAAGAUAAAACUGGCAGUGAUUGGAAAAAGCCUAUAUCCAAGAUGUUUAAAAGGUGUGCACAAUUUACCUGUGCAUUAUUAUACAAACAAGAAAGCUUCAGUAACAAGAGAAAUCUUUUCUGACUGGUUCAAUAAGCACUUUGUACCUGCAGCACAAGCUCAUUGCAGACAAGCUGGACUGGAAGACAAUUGCAAAAUUUUAUUAUUUCUGGACAACAGUUCUGCUCAUCCCCCUCCUGAAGUUCUUGUGAAAAGUAAUGUUUUAGGCAUUUACUUUCCCCCCAGUGUGACAUCUGUAAUUCAGCCUUGUGACCAAGGAAUUCUGCGUUCCAUGAAGAGUAAAUACAAACACCUUUUUUUGAACAGCAUGCUUGCUUCAGUUAACAGAGGCCUGAAAAUCCAGGACUUCCUUAAAGAAUUUAGUCUUAAGGAUGCCAUCUACACAGUUGCUAAUGCUUGGAACAACGUUGAUAAGACAACCUUAACCAAUGCUUGGCACAGACUUUGGGCUACAAUGAUGUUUGAAAAUGACCUUGCCGAUGAAGAUUUUGAAGGAUUUAAAGACUCUAAUGAGAAAAGGAUGGUAUCAAAACUCAUUACUUAUGCCAAAAGCUUAUCAGCUGAAAGUGUAAAUAAGUUAGAAGAAGCUGACAUUGAAGAAAUGCUAAACAUUGAUAAUGAUGCACCCAUUGUGCAUUCUUUCAGUGGGAAAAUUACAGAGAUGGUGUUAAAUACAGAUCAGUAUGGAGAUAGUAGUAGUAAUGAUGAUGACAUUGUGAGCACAGGUGAAAAAAUCUCCAUAGAUCAUAUGGUGAAAAUGUGUAACCAAUUAAUUGUUGGCCUUCAACAAUGUGCAUUUAUCAGCGAGCAAGAGCUCAUGGCAAUUUACUCAAUUAGAGAGAAACUGCUUAGACAGAAACCUGCAUUAAGGAAACAGAUGACAUUGGGAAAAGUCUUUAAUAAGGCUGUCUGUGAUAAUGCCUCUUCAUCACUUGACAAUCCUGCUUCUGGCUGUUCAUCAGAUGUCCAUCUCCAGCUUGGUUUCAUAGGCAAUGGUAAAACUGGUGUAACCUAUUCUCCAGGAUUCUCAAGCAACCAGAAGUGAUGAACAUGUUUUACAUAUAUGUGUGUUAUCUGUUAGUUUUCAUCAGUAUAAAUUUAAAAUUUUACUUAAAAAUUUCUUUAGAAAUAAGUUUUUCACAAUUGACAAAUGAAAUUAGAAGCUUAUGGUAUGUAUGGUCUUUAUUUAUCCUGCUAUUUUAUUUACUAAUAAAUUUACUAAUUUAUGUAAAUAAAUUAUAAUAUUAUUUAUGGUCUUUAUUCCACUUUGUGUGAAUUUUCAUACAUUUCUUUGCAGAAAUACUAAUAUUAAUGUGUUUCAUUACAGAGUACAGUCCCAUACCUAUUUGAAGUGUUAAAAAUAUAUAGUUUAUGUACUGUAUUCCAAAGAAUACCGAUUUCUUCCUAAAUUCUAAAAAAUUCUCACUGCCAAAACAUCUGCUCCAUAAGGUUUUGGAUAAGAGAUUAUGGGCCUGUAAUACUUCUUUGUUGUGUAUGAUCCAGUGAUAUGACCAUUGUAAAAUGCCUGGCACAAAGUAAAUGCCUAUUAAAUGUAGUUGGUAUUAUUAUUAUUCCAUUGUCCUACUCUUAAAAUGUAUGACAAGGUCUUUCAGACAUUGAAGUUAGCAAGUUAACCUAGCAUAGGUAAUAAUAAGCAUGCUUCAAAUUAUAUCACCCUAAGGGAUGCUUUGGCACUGUGCUGCUAACAUAUAGUACAGGAUCUCCUAAAUCUUCAUCCGGGAGAUGGGAACAUUUCCCAAAUCAGAGGAUAGAAAAUGUUGUUACAUCUAAUUACAUUGCAUGUUAAUAAAAUGCAUAUACAUCUAGUUAGCCCUUAUUUUAUUUAUCAAAGAUAUAUAAUUGCUAACUAUUCCUUCAGCUCUCUCUGCCACAAGUACCAUACAAACAAUACUUUAAUCUGUCUCAUAGAAAAGAUUGAUUAUUAACCCUCUUUGUAUAACCUCAGUUACUGGUUUGAUUUAGUGUGCUUUACUUUAAUAAAAUUCAGUAUUAGAAUUUUUUAAAAAGACCUUGAACAUAGCUAAAUAAAUAAAAUUGGUAUUCUGUUUUAUAAAUAAAGCUAUAAUUGUUAGCCUAAUGAAUGUGAAUUGAUUCCCUAUAGCCUGGUCUUCUUUGUUUUUUGUCUUUUUGUAAUGUUCAUUCAUUUAAAAUAUAAGAUUUAUUGCUUUUCUUUCAUUAUAAAUGGCAUACAUAGUUUAUGGACAAUAUGAUUGAUAAAGAAAAAAGUAAAGUUAUCCCUAACCUUAUAACCAGUAAUACUCACUUUUAACUUUCGAAGCUAUCUAUUGUGUUAAGUUAUGAGCCUUAUGAGGGCAGAAACCAUGUUCAUUCAGUCCUAUCCCCACCUUGUCCUCACCUUCUCACAAUAGCAGGCAUAUAACACAUUUGGAGAAAACAUACUUUCUCACACUUAAGUUUCAAACUAUACUCACAGGGUUUUUUGGGCCAGAUUACUUUUAAUUAACACUUCAUUGUGAGUAUUUUUCCACAUCAAUCCUAUUAGAUCUGACAAAGCCAUAUUUUCUACACUGCAUUCAGCCUAUCCUUUCCUUCUGGGACUUGCUCCUUCAGGCCCUAGGGUGAACUUUAUCUUGCAUUCUCUCUUCCUGACUACCUUCCUUCCCUAUUGUUCCACUAUUCCCCCAUCAUAAUUGCCCCUCUUAUUUCCCAUUAGCUCAUACGCAGCUCUCUGCUAGCUACUCUUAAAAGAUAUAGUAAACUCUCACUAUCAUCUGACUGGCGAUUGGCUCCCAUUCUCCACUCAGCACUGUUCUUUUAUUGGGGUGAGCUAAAGUUUCACAGGAGAGGCAUGCCUUGGAAGGGAGAGAGAAUCCCAACAGGGAGAGAAACAGCAGCAACUCCAUCUUGGUAAGUAGGGAUGUGGAGGGAGGGUACUAUGUCUGCAGUAUUAUCCAUUCCAUUCUCAUAGGAUCAGUCAUUAAAACAGGUGCUAACUAAUUGGGGGAUGCCUGGAGUCACCUGUGUUGCCCUGGAAAUCUCAGCCAGGCACUUGAUUAAUAGUCUGCUCCAUUAGUAUGUAAGGCAAAGUAAACAACAAGCCACCAGGUGAUACUAAACUAUGUAUCAUGAGCCAGACCCUAGGAAGUAGCCAUAUCUAAUUGCAUUUUUGGACCUCAUUUAGCAUGUCAGGCUUUUUUUGUAAUUUUGCAGAGUUCUGAUGAUGGAUAAUGUUCUCCUUCAUCUCUCAAAUAAUAUGCUUUACAUUAGCUCUUCAUUCCUUUACACAGGGAUAAGUGCCAUCUACAGUGUGAAUUCCAGUUGAUUGUUAGUGACUGCGCAAAGUGCAGGUUCGAGAAUUUAGAUCCAUAUCCUGGCUCAUUCAGUGGGUGGUGAUCAUUUGUUUAUAUCUGCCAUAGGUACAGAAAGUAUUAGUGGAAAUGUCAGAAUAUCUGCCAUCCAGCCCUUAUGGAGGCCUUACGUUUUUCCUAUUUACUUUUGGUUCAGACUUUCUGUUCUUGCUGAAUUCGUUUAGUUUAUAAGUGAACUCACAACCUCAUAUUCUGCAUCAUGUUGCUCUAGACAUGGGCAGAGCCCCCUUUGUCUUAACACACACACAAGCCAUUUUUAUAUGUAUCAGUCACAAUUAAAAUGCUGCAGUGAUGGAGAGGGUACUUAGGCAUAAACUAAACAUUUAACUUAGGACAUUCCUGUCUUAAAAAGUCCUUCAGUUGAAAUGAAUCCUGGGGUGUUAUAUUGGAAUCCAGUGUAUAUCUAUGAACUCAUUUUUAAUACAUAUACACAGAAAUAUAUAUACACAUAUAUAUAGAAAUAUAAAUGUGUAUACUUACAAGGGUUAGUUUACAUGCAUAUGUAUCCAUAGGAAAGGACUAAAAGCAAUGCAACCCCAAUAGUAAGUCAUAAGCUCACCUACA